CCGUUCCCUGCCUCCGGCCGCGCUCAGUCCACACUGUCCCCGCAGGGAUGGCCGUGCUGCGCGUGGCCUACGGGGACGUUUGGCACCUCGGGGUGUUCUGCACCGCCCCCAUCCCCAAAGGAGUCCGUUUCGGCCCGUUCCAAGGCAAAGUGGUCAACACCACCGAGAUCAAGACUUACGACGACAACUCGCUGAUGUGGGAGGUCUUUGAGUACGGACAGCUGAGCCACUUCAUCGACGGGAAGGGCACGGCCGGCAACUGGAUGUCUCUGGUGAACUGCGCCCGCUUCCCCGAGGAGCAGAACCUGACGGCGCUGCAGUGCCAGGGGCAGAUCUUUUACGAGACCUGCCGGGAGAUUGCGCCCAAGGAGGAGCUACUGGUGUGGUACGGGGAUUGCUACGUGCAGUUCCUCGGCAUCCCCAUCUGCCUGAAGGGCAUGCCGGAGGCGGGGCGGCCCCCGCAACAUCCCGAAGGUGAGAACAUGGCAGCGCCUCGGGGAUCACCCGAAUCGCGCUCGGACCCGCACUGGCGGGAGCGAAGGGACUCCGCCACCGCCCUUCCUAACGCGUGUCGGACGGCUCCGGGGGAGCCCCGGCCCGGGCUGCUCUGGGGCGGCCAUCCCGGAGCCCAAAGUGCCGCUCCCCCUCUGCCAGCCCGCUUUGCGUAGCGGUGGUAAUGUAAAGUAUCCCUCGUGGUUGCCGAGUUGUUGGUGUGGGGGGACUUUCUGCGGCGUUCUUGUUUGGGGUUUGGUUUAAUCCUACUGCACUGCGGUUAUUCGGGGAGAAAUACGUGGAGAAGGAAAGAGAGACGCCGCUGUCAGUCGAAGCUGGGUCUGAAGUCAGGGUUGUGAGAAGACAAAAGCCGGAGGGGGGUGGGGGUGCGUUGACGGCAAGAGAGGGGAACGCCGGGCGAUGGGACGCUGGGGCUGCGGUGGUGUUUUGAGGGGCGGCCGGUGGUUCGUUUCGGGAGUGGAGGGAAUGUCACUUACCUGCCUUCGAUUAGAGGCAGAGGGAAAUGUUGUUAACGUUCGAAACGUUUCCUGUAUUGUUCCUAAGUUCAGUGGUUAAGAACAAUUUAAAACCCCGAAAGAAACCAAAUAAACGCGCGUUUGUUCGAUAGCGUUUUGAAAACGACAGAAAACCUACGCGGAUCGAUGGUCCUUUUUGGGGGAACGGGAAUGGAAGGGCAGCGGCGG